AUGGCUACCUUAAAUACCAAGACCGGUCAGGCCGUUGACCGUGCCGUUUUGGAUUCUAUGCUCCGCCGCCGCCUUUUCUAUACCCCCUCUUUCGAGAUCUAUGGAGGUGUCUCCGGCCUGUACGACUAUGGACCCCCCGGCUGCGCCGUUCUAAACAACAUUGUCGAGACAUGGCGGAAACACUUUGUACUGGAGGAGGAUAUGCUCGAAGUCGAUUGCACAAUGCUGACUCCGGAGGAGGUUCUCAAGACCAGUGGGCACGUCGAAAAAUUCGCCGAUUGGAUGUGCAAGGACCCCAAGACCGGUGAAAUCUUCCGUGCAGACCACUUGGUGGAGGAGGUGCUCGAGGCCCGUCUCAAGGGCGACAAGGAGGCUCGUGGCCAGAAGGUUGAGGUCGACACGGACAAGGAAGCGAAGAAGAAGAAAAAGGCCAAGAGCGAGGCUAUCAAGCUUGAUGAUGCGGUCGUCAAGGAUUAUGAGGAAGUGCUGGCGCAGAUUGAUAACUUUGACGGUCCCCAAUUGGAGCAAAUAAUUGCCAAGUACGAUAUCAGAAAUCCCGUUACUGGCGGCAAUGUCCUCCCCCCCGUUUCUUUCAACCUGAUGUUCCAGACCUCAAUUGGGCCUAGCAGCAACAUGCCUGGCUAUCUACGCCCCGAAACUGCACAAGGACAAUUCCUGAACUUCCAGAAACUGCUUGAGUUCAACCAGCAGGCGAUGCCUUUCGCUUCGGCGUCCAUUGGGAAGUCGUUCCGAAAUGAAAUUUCACCACGUGCGGGCCUCCUGCGUGUUCGUGAAUUCCUCAUGGCCGAGAUCGAGCAUUUCGUGGACCCGGAGGGCGGAAAGAAGCACGCGCGUUUCGACGAGGUUAAAGAUAUUGAGUUGGCCCUCCUCAACCGAGACGUGCAGCUGUCUGGGAGCACUAAAACGGAGACAAUGACAGUCGGAAAGGCUGUUGAGAUUGGGCUGGUAGAUAAUGAGACACUCGGAUACUUCCUUGCCCGUAUUCAAUUGUUCCUCCUCAAGAUCGGUGUUGAUCCUACCAAGCUUCGCUUCCGCCAGCACAUGGCUAACGAGAUGGCCCACUAUGCGUGUGAUUGCUGGGAUGCUGAACUGCUAACCAGCUAUGGCUGGAUUGAGUGUGUUGGAUGUGCCGACCGCAGCGCUUAUGAUCUGAAUGUUCACAAAAACAAGACUGGGGCCCCCCUUGUAGUUCGUGAGACUCGUGCAGAGCCAUUGAAGGUUGAGGAAUGGCAGAUCGACUUAGAUAAGAAGAAGUUCGGUCCUCGCUUCAAGAAGGAUGGCAAGACCGUCGAGGCUGCCAUUGAUGCCCUAUCACAGGACCUCCGAGAGAAAUUGGCUCUUGACCUGGAGAAAAGUGGCAAAAUUGAAGUGGAUGUCACUGGUGUUGCGUCUGGCAAGGUUGAGCUAGAGAAGGACAUUAUCACUAUUGAGAAGCGCACCCGUGUUGAGAAUGUCCGUGAGUACACGCCCAAUGUUAUCGAACCGUCAUUCGGUAUCGGUCGGAUCCUAUACAGUCUUAUGGAGCACGUCUACUGGUACCGUGAAGGCGAUGAAGCACGCGGCCUUCUAUCCUUCCCCCCGGUUAUUGCCCCGACUAAAGUUCUUCUCGUACCACUAUCGAGCAAUCCCGCGUUCCGCCCUCUGGUGCAACAGUUGACGACGAAGCUCCGACGAUUGGGCAUCUCCAGCCGCGUGGAUGAUUCAUCAGCUAGUAUCGGUAAGCGAUACGCACGCAAUGACGAGCUGGGGACACCAUUUGGAGUUACGGUCGACUUCCAGUCCGUUAAGGACAGCACUAUUACGCUGCGCGACCGCGACUCGACAAAGCAGGUGCGCGCGAGCGAAGAUGAGAUCCUGCAGGCCCUCAAGUCCCUGGUGGAAGGGGAGGAGACGUGGGAAGAUGUGCGGAAGCGAUUGCCCGAGUUCACUGGACAAGAGGAAGUCCUGAAGAUGGCGCCCAACAUUCCCUCUGCCAAAAUCACCCUCUCCUGCCCCUUGUUCGCUGCUGAUUUCGACCCGCGCAAUCAUGCCUUUCUUCUUGUUGCGGGCGGCGGCGGCGAAAGUCGCAGUGGCGUGGGAAAUAAAAUUGUUCUUUUGAACGCGUUCAAACGCCACGAACUGAGCGAGGUCGUCGACGUUGAGCUCUCGCGGGAUGAGGAUUCAGUGACCUCCCUGGCUGCGGUGCAGUCAAAUGACACCUCUAUAGUCGCCUUCGCCGGCAUAAACAGCUCCCUCGCCUUGCAACAACAAAACAAAAAUCGGCAUCUACGAUCUUUCCAAAUCGAUUAUCCUCCGCGCCGCACAGGGUCUAAGGAAUCUACACUCCCCGCAGAGACUAAACCAGGGCAAACAGUCAAUCUAUCCCAGGAGUCGUUGUUCAGGACAGUUGCUGGACCAAAGGGAACAACAGAUACGUACCAGAGAAUAACCCGUUUGUCGCCUUGGAAAGAAGAGGGUGCUACCCGUGUUGCGGCGAUUACCACCGGAUUGGCACCAUCAGGCGAAAUUGUCUUUUUCAAUGCAAACACGAAGGAGCCGGGAGAAAGCGAUGUUAUUGGAAGAAUCCGUUUGAACAGUGAUGAGGAGGCGGAAGAUGUUGAUAUUACGGGUCAGGAUGAAGAUGAUGGCACUUUCUCGGUGGCAUAUACCAAUGGUCUCGAUGUCUUCACGUGUCGCAUCUCGCCGGAGACUCGAUCGCACGCCGCACCAGAGGUGAAACGCGUGUAUACUCCUCCAGUGAACCCAAAGGGCAAGGGGGCACGCGCGAAAUUCCGUGCGCUGCGGUUCCUCUCCCCUACAACGCUAUUGCUUUUGCAGAAUGCGCCAGACCGCAAGGGCUGCGAGCUCAUACUUCUCGAUCUGCGCCCAACAAUAUCAUCCUCUUCUUCGCAAGCCACAAUCAUCCGUCAGUACAAGCUUCGCAAAUCUAUCAAGCUCGGCCUUGGCCUUGAUGUAUGUAAUCUCGGCGCCAAUUCGGAUGCCCAGCAACAAUCAAUAAUCGCAAUCUCCGGCGGUGAUCAAUCCCUCGAGGUCCUAACCAUAGACUUCGAUUCCCGCCGACAACACCGCACGAGUGCAGGGUACACUCCUUUUCGGGUUUAUACCACCCUUCGUGAUGUCCAUCCCUUCUCAAUGACAAGGAUAUGUUUUUCUCAUUGCGCACCUCCGAGCCCCGUUGCUCCAGAGACACCUCCACAAUACGUCAAGCUCGCCUCAGUGAGCAUGGGCAAUACCGUCGUCGUGCAUACAUUUCCGCUAUCCCCAGUACCACCCUCAAGCCGCAAUCCUCGCUAUGUCCUUGUCCGGCCAGGUGAAUCCGAAUUCUUAACGGGUCUCGCCGGGACUCUCGCUUCCUUCCUCUCCAUUGCGUUGGUUGUAUUCCUUCUCCAAGCCAUCACGGAAAUCAGGGGUGUCAUGCCUCCGUACCUUGGUAUAACGGAGCACUUACCGCCUAAUAUUCGGGCCGCUAUUGCAAGGCCAUACAACGCGCCUACCUUUCCUCCCACUCCAUCACCAAUUGAACACACACCUCCAAACUCAAAUACCGAGCCGGAAGAACCACAGCCUCAACUCCUCCGCGAUAUUAUCCCGGACACGGAGACAUCCAUUCUCAUAUCCUGCAACCCGUCAAACAAUGAACUCCUCGUCGAGCCACACACGCCCAAUCCCAACCCUCAGUUUCCGGAGGAAGUCUCGGAAGUAGAACCAGAUCUAAACUCACAUACAACAUUCCACCAUGCUCGACAGUGGACAGAUCUCUCGACCCAGGACCGCUUGGCAUGGAAAGCUCAGCUCACCAAAGCCGGGCUCUGGGGACCCCAAGAACACGAAGACGAAGACGAAGAUGAGUCUAUUCUUCAGAGAGUCUUCGUUCGGGAGUUGUGCCCACAACCUAGUUUCUCUAGCGAAGAUCGAGAGGCGAGCGCCGAUUCGGCCGAGGAAUAA